GUUAUGGUGAGAAGGACGCUAACUACGCUAUCGUAAUAGAGGUGGCUUCACUUAAUGUAGCCUGUCGUUGGGAUGUGAGGACGAUGGCAGAGAACAAUCGGCAUACGUCGCACUUUCCGAUAGUUUCAGUGAGUGGAGCAUUAUGUCGAAAGGAGGAAAAUCAAUCUGCAAUUCAAAAGUGGAGAGCUGCCCCAGUCCGCUGAGCUGAAAAAAAAGAUGGGCGCAAGCGCAUCAUUAUCUCUCUGUACUGACCAGUCAUCAGUAAGAAUCCUGAAACCCAGUGCAAAGGUCAGCCCAGAAUUCAAUGUUACGGCCCAGGUUUCAGAGCCUAAUGUUCCAGCCAGGUGUGUAUUUGGUGUCGCCUUGGAAACACUCAGAGAGGACGGGCAGAUGGUUUGUGGAAUACCUCUUGUGUUAAGAGACAUGGUGGCGUUCCUGGAUAAGAAUGGACUGCACCACAGAGGUCUAUUUCGCUUGUGUGGGUCGGUGGCGCGGACCAGGCAGCUGAGGCAGCGGUGGGAUCAUGGAGAAAAGGUGGACCUGGAACAUGAAGGGGAUGUCCCAACUGUUGCCUCACUCCUCAAACUUUUUUUUCGGGAACUACCUGUCCCCAUAGUUCCCGAGCCCCAGCGCAAACAGUUGGUUCAGAGCCUUACAGGAAAUGCAGAUGGGCCAAAACUGAACCAGAGACUGAAAGAAAGUCUUCACUGCCUCCCUGAUUCCAGCCUCAAUAUUUUGUCUUACCUCAUCCACUUUCUGUUCAGAGUGGCCGCUCACAGCCAGUUAAAUCACAUGCCUGUUGAAAAUCUGGCAACCAUCUUUGGGCCUUGCAUAUUUCAUGUUCCAGUAGGGCCCAGGAUGCUGGAGGAGCAGAGUGUGUGUAAUGCCUUGUUGCUCCACCUUCUCAGGCAUCAUACAGAUCUCCUCCCUGUCCCACAUGAUGUCACAACCUCCUCAUCAUUUGCCUCGUCCUCACCCCCUCCUCCUACUCUCUCUGCUCUUUCACAUUUUGAGGUUCAACCCAGCAGCUGUCACUCAGAGCAGAGCAGAAUGGGGAUGCUGGCUGCGGAGACUGCAGUAGUUUCCAGGACCAGUGCUUUAGAACAAACAGUAUGGAUGCAGUAUCAACUAAACAGUCCUGACAAACUGGUGCACGGAUGUGAAACCCGCUCUGACGUCAGCAGUGACAUUCAGACGUUGAUCACAAACCCAGAGUCUCUGGAGAAGAGUGGAGGAAGAAUAGAGGUGAGCCAUGAGCUCUUCUGCCCCACUGACCCAGGUCCAGAGCAACAGCUACAGAGUGGACCAUCACAAAGUAAUCAGGGGGAGAUUCAGAAAAUGGACUGUGCUAUGCAAGGGAUAUUUUCACAAAUGCCACAGCUCAGCCCCGAAUCAAAGAAGAAAGAGGAGGAAGAAGUAGAAAAGGCUUCCUCAUCCAUCAAAGAUGACUGUUCUUUGGCCUCUGCAGACACAGGACAAAAUUCAUCUGUUUCAAACUGCUGCAUAGUGAAUGAAUCACUAAGCAAGACCCAAACAGCAAGUCAGCGCACAGAGAGCUUACUCUGCUGCAUAAAGUACAAGACAGAAGAAAAAUCAACAGUGACUCAUUGGAAGAGAAGCAAAAGAGGAGGAUGUUGUAGCUCUCCUGAAAGACACGACUGCAGAGGCAGGAACAGUUAUGACAGCCCCUCCCUCAAGAUACAAGCCCUGGAGGCUGAGUUAGAACCUGCACCAGAGCCAGUUGACCCCAAAGCUCAGGAUAACCUCCCUGCUCAGAAACAGCCUCUUACUGCUGAAGCACAGAGCCUUCCUUUGAGCCACACUCCGCCUUCGUCCCCAUCUCAGGAGCAGCAAACAGGCGACUCAUCACAACAUAUUCAGAUCUCAUCUCCACCUUUAUCAGAAUCCAGCCCAGUAUCUUCCAGUGCCUCAUACACUGAGGGACUGUCAGAAGAAGAUAGCUUACCGAGCCCCCUGGUCCCUAACACAAGCCCACUCCUUUCUCGUUUUACAACCAAUGACUGCCCUGUACCCUCGCCCCGUUGCCCCAGCCUCAGCCACAGCCUGCGUUACAUACAAGACCCCGAUGCAGCGCCGUCUCCACCAUGCUCACAGCACAUCUGGAUGUCUCGCUGCAGUGUCAACACACAGCAAGAUGAGGGUUCUUUGUCCAUCACAAUGCUCAACAAACACAUUCACACUCUCAGAAAGAGAAUCAGGCGUUUUGAGGAGAAUUUUGAACAAGAGAGGCACUACAAGCCAGCCUACAAUGACAAGACAGCACAUCCAGAUGUGGCCAAACUGCUGAAGGAGCUCAUCAAGAGUCGCAAACAGCUUAAAGAAAUGAAGCUGAGGCGGUCGGAAGAAUUGGCACUAAAGGAACUUGGACAUUUGAGCCCCAGAGCCGAAACAUGCAGGAGCAAUGUGGAGCAUAGAGAGGGAGCACCAACAGGAAAUGAGCUGCAGCAGCUUAACAACAACAGCAAACCAAAUGUCGAGGAAACAUCUAAUAUGAUAACCAACAGGCUGAAGGAAAGACGGCAGGAACUGGGCCUGCCCGACAGCAUUAAGGAGAUGUCUCAUUUCCAGAUGAGUCUCGAGAAGUCCUGCAUGCAGAAGUGUUUGCUUUACUUUGAGGGUCUGCAUGGACGCCCGAGUACCAGGCAGGAGCGCACACUGAUGAAACCUCUCUACGACCGGUAUCGUCUCCUCAAGCAGCUGCUUUCUUCUGCAUCCACAGCAACCAUUACAACCAUCGAGGAAGAAGAAGGCUCAGAUGACGAGCGUCCCAAACAGCGAAGCCCCAAGCAACAGCCACUUUGGUUCACACCCUCCAGGCAUGUGUCCUCAGUUGAGAUGCAGUGUCUGCCUUCCCUAGAAAUGUCUGAAACACCUCUGGUGUCACCGCUGGAAGAGGUCAAGGGUGUCCAGCCACAGAUUAUCACUAUGGCAACAAUCCAUGAAGCAUCAAGACAAGAGUUACUGGAUCAUCUCAGGAUGGUUCGGCUAGAGAAGAAGAGGCUUCAUGAAGCACUCCGGGAGUUUGAAGACCAUUUCUACACACAAACUGGCCGGGUUUGUCAGAAGGAGGACCGUGGACCAAUGGCAGAGGAGUACUGCCAGUAUAAGAACCUCAAAGCGAAGCUCCGUCUACUGGAGGCCCUGCUCAGUAAACAACAGGACUCAACCAAGAUAAGUUGAGUUACUCACA